AUGUGUCUCCUGUUGGGGGCUACCGGCGUGGGGAAGUCGCUGUUGGUGAAACGACUGCAGAAGCUGAGCUCUCAGGAUGGGAAGGGAGACCUGGGCGAUCCUCCUCCGACGCGGCCCACGGUGGGCACCGACCUCACUGACAUCACGGUCCACAGAAAGAUCACCAUCCGGGAGCUCGGGGGGUGCAUGGGCCCCAUCUGGUCCAGUUACUAUGGAAACUGCCGAUCUCUCCUGUUCAUGAUAGACGCCUCCAACCCCACCCAGCUCUCCGCCUCCUGCGUGCAGCUCCUGGGGCUCCUUUCUGCAGAGCCACUGGCAGAGGCGUCGGUCCUGAUUCUCUUCAAUAAGACCGACCUGCCCUGUUACAUGACCAUAGAAGAGAUGAAGUCGCUAACCAGGCUCCCAGACAUCAUUGCUUGUGCCAAGCAGGACAUCACUGUGGCAGAGGUCAGCGCUCGCACUGGCACUGGUUUGGCAGGGGUGCUGCGCUGGCUCCAGGGCACCCACGGAGGCAGCAGGUGACCCCGGGGCGGAGAGGGCGUGGCACAGCCCAGCGGGGAGGCGGCAGAGGACGGCCCAGCUCCGCGCCGGGCGUCCGUGCGGAGCUGCAGUGCUGGGCAGAGGCACCCAGGUUACGAGCAUCCCGGCGCCGGGUGCCACAAUGGAGGCCGUGGGGCUGGGAGAGUGGGCCCGCCUGCCAGGCCUCGGGCCCUCCUUCCACUUCAGCGCGGGAGCCGGCGGCCCGGAGAGCACUGUGAUUGGCAGGUGUGUUCUCGGGCGCCCGCAACAAAUUACCGCAGGCUGACUUCAAACAGCCUGACGCUCUAGUCACAGUCCUGGAGGCCACAAGUCUGAAGUCCAGGUGUCGGCAGGGAUGGACCCUCCUCCUGGAGGCUCUGAGGGAAGACCUGUUCUCUGCCCGUCUCCCGGCAUCCAGCGGCUGUGGGUAAUGGUCUUCUCUUGUAAGGACACUUGUCAUUGGUCUUAGGGCCCACCCCAAAUCCAGGGUGAUCUUAAGAUCUGUAACUACGUCUGCAAAGACCCAUCUUCCAAAAAAGGUCACAUUUGCAUGUUCUGGUGGUUACAACUUGGAUGUGCCUUUUGGGGGCCACUGUUCAGCCUCUUCUAACUGGGUGAGGAACCCCCGCCCGAGAGCAGUCUGAAGCGUCUGGCCUUGCAGUGCCUCCGGCUUUGCUGUGCACAGCCCGUGCCACCUCAGACACACCCCGUGGACCGUUUCUGCUUAUGCUACCAAGCAGCCCCCGCGUGGAUGACCUCCACCGCAUCAGUGGGGUCCUUGUUGGUUUCAGCCAACCUGGGCCCCAAAGAAAGGGCUUUCAGACACCCCAACUUGAAGAGGAUUUGAGCAAAGCCUGGUUAACAGCAUCAAGUGCUAGAAAAACCCUCCUUAACCUGUCACUCCUCAGUUCUUCAGCUGGAGAGCAAAGACCCCAGAAAGGAGUGAGCACUCGGGACCAGCCCUGGGCGGCAGCGGGCCAGUCUGUUCCUGCAGACUUCCAAGUUAGGGGAAGCACUUUUUACAUGUUCAAAAAGCGACCUAGAGCAACCAAAUAGCAACUUAAACCCUGAAAAGACCUUAACUAUCAAAUUGGUACCAUGACCAGAGAAAAGACUCUCUCAAGGUGACAUUGGAACACGUUGGUCCGUCUUAGUGGGGGGACGAAAGCGACUGGAGGCGCCUCAAGCUUCGCUCUGCACUUCACGCGGCGCCCGUCACAGGCGAGCGAUUUUGUGUGCGGUAGAGUAAGUUGUUACGUUUGUGAGCCAUUUUCAGAGUAAAAGACACAAAGAUAAACCAAUUAAACUU